AUGGCUAAAACAGAUGAAAAAGCAAAACUGAAGGAGCUAAAAUCUGAGGUAUGGUUUUCUCAAAAAGACUUAAGACAUUUCUCUGAAGAAAACUUGAUAUAUGCUGUUUUGGAAAUACAAGAAGACUUGAAAGAAUUACAUAGGGCCAAACAGCAAAGUGAUGAAGCUUUUGAAACUGUAGACAGGUUAAAACAUGAUAAUAUAAUGUUAAAUGUGGAACUGUCCUUGAUAAAACUCUGUCUUGAUGCUCCUAAUUCUGAAGUUCUUCCACUUGCUCAAUAUCCGAAUUUUGAAAAACUAAAAUCUGAUUUGGAAGAUCUAAGAUCGGAUAAGGUUCUAGUAAGGGGAAACAACACUUGGUACCUCGACAGUGGUUGUUCUAGGCACAUGACUAGAGACAAAUCUAGAUUUCUCUCACUAGAUGCCUACUAUGGGGGAACUGUGACCUUUGGUGAUAACAUGAAAGGAGAUAUAGUUUCUAUUGGCAAGGUAGGAAGGUCAAGUUCCCAUGCUAUUGAUAAUGUAUUUUUAGUUGAGGGUCUCAAACACAACUUGUUAAGUAUUUCACAAUUUUGUGACAAAGGUAACUCUGUAAGCUUUACUUCCAAUAAAUGCAGAAUCAUUCACAAUGACACUGGGAACAUUAUUUUAGAAGGAACUCAUAAAGGGAACACAUAUGAUGUUGAUCUUAACGAGGUUCCUUACAACAGUUUAACAUGUCUUAGUGUUAUUGAGGACGAUCCUCUAUUAUGGCACAAGAGAUUUGGCCAUGCAAGCUUUACUUUACUUGAUAAGCUUAAAUCUAAGGAACUAGUGGAAGAACUUCCUUGCAUUAAGUUCUUGUAUGACAAAGAUUGUGAUGAUGAUUUUGAAAUUGGACUUGUGCCCAAGCAAGAUCCAGAUGAGGAAUCAACAUCAUUGAAGAAGCAGCAAGUUGAAAAUGUAGAAGAAACGAAUCCAGAAGCAAAUGGAGAAUCUGAAAUGGAGAAUGCACAAGGAACUCCUCCUCAAGAACAAAAUCAAGAUCAGGUUGAGGAAUAUCCUGUUGAAGUUCCAACUAAGACUCAAGACCAAGUUCCUACAGAAGAACCAGUCAACAACAAUCAGGAAAGGUUGUAUCCAGUCAAGGACUUUACACCAAAACGAUGGAAAUAUAAAAAAUCACAUCCUGUGGAUACAAUCAUGAGUGAUAUUACAAAAGGAACUCAGACUAGAUCUUAG